UUCAUUUCAGAAUUCAGAUCACCUUAAUCAGCUCCAAAUUAAACACUAGUAAAUUUAAAACAAAAAUGUCGCUGAUUCCGAGUUUUUUCAGUGGACGUCGAUCAAACAUAUUAGACCCCUUUUCUCUAGACAUAUGGGACCCAUCUGAGGGUUUUCCCUUCAACACGUCAAUCACAGCUGCCCCAAACACCACAAACUCAACCUCCGGGAACGCAAUGAGCUUCGCCAACACCCGCAUCGACUGGAGGGAGACACCGGAGGCGCACGUGUUCAAGGCGGAUCUUCCAGGGUUAAAGAAAGAGGAGGUGAAGGUUGAGGUUGAAGAUGGAAAAGUGCUGCAGAUUAGUGGAGAGAGAAGCAGGGAGAGUCAGGAAGAGAACGACAAGUGGCACCGUCUGGAGCGUAGCUCUGGACGGUUUAUGAGGAGGUUUAGGCUACCUGAAAAUGCGAAGAUGGAUGAGAUUAAGGCUAAUAUGGAACAUGGGGUGCUUACUGUUACAGUUCCUAAGAUGCAGGAGAAGCAGCCUGAGAUCAAGUCCAUCGACGUUUCUGGUUAAUUCAAACUUCUGAUGUUUGAAGGAGUUAAGCUUUUCUAGUAGGCCUGCAUGGUGUAUUUUGUUGUUGUAUAAUUAGUAAGAACAAUAAGUAUGUGUGCUUGCAUGUAACAUAAAAUAGUUUUGUUCUGGCAUUAGCCUAGUUACAAGCUAGGAAUAUAUGGACGUAUAGCGAAGGACUAAGAUUGCAUAUUUGCAUCGGUAACAAUAAUGUUGCAUGCAAUUUAAA